ACACACCAGCCACAGCGUUCACCACUCAAGAUCAGACUUCCUGCCUCUCAGAUGGCUCGCUCAGUCGCAGACAUCCCCAUGGCUGGCGUCCGUCGCUCGGGACGGACCCGCAAGUCCUCUGACUCCCUCGCGCAGCCUUCUGGUUCCGAGUACUCUGCAGGCGACGCUUCGCCGUCGAGCCCUGUUGACGAGCGUCCGGUGACGAAGAAGAAACGAAGGGCGGUUAGAGAUGACUACAUGGAUGAUUACGAGUUCACCCAACAGUUCAAGGUCGAGGUUACCGAUUACACCACUUCGCACGGCCGCCAGACCAAGCGUCCGAACUACAUCGAGAGCGAUGACGACGCCGCCAACAACCUCUUCGACCAGGCCGAUGAUCAGGUCGAGGUUGUCAAACGCCCAACACGGUCUACUCGCAGCAAUGGCACCAGAGGAACAAGCCACAGACGAGUGAACAGCGAUGAUGACGGGGAGGUCUCCAUAGCGGCGCCCUUUCCCAUGACUCGCAGCCGCAAAAAAAUAACGUCCAACUCCCCGCCUGCGGAUGCACCUGCCAACGAUGCUGACGACGCAGACGAACCACCCCCGACAGGCCGUCUCACUCGAGCUCGCUCACGGCUAACGCGGAAGAAGAGUGCACGCGAGCGCGCGGAGGAGGACGGGUACACUGACGUCGGCGACGCAGAUGCUCCGGGCUCCUCGGAGGACGAGCUGAUGGAAGAGGCGCCGUCGACGCCCGUCGACGACGAUAACAACGAAGAGGAGCCAGAUACUGGUCCUCGGACGUAUGGCCUACGCGCACGGACGAAGCAGGUCAACUAUGCUAUCCCUCCUCCGCUCGAAGAAAUGCGUCCACCGGAAGUCAAACGCUCGAAGGCAAGCAAAGGAAAAGGUCGUGCGGGCCCCGGAUGGAGUGCAAAUGGUACAGUACUCUCGCGAUAUAUGGGCAUGCCAGGACCUGCAGACGACUCGGACUCGGAUGUUCCAACGCGCACACCCCGAAAACCCUUUGGCACUGGUACCGGUGCUGGUGCUGGCGGUGGAUUGUUCGCGGCUGGCGGAGGAGGCUUGUUUCCUGAUGGCCUCGCUGCUGCUGGAACACCUUCGAAUCUCGGUAAGGUUAACGAUGCGGCACUUGCAGAUGCAGAUCCGUUGGGUGUAAACCAAAAUGUGACCUUUGAUGAGAUUGGAGGGCUGGAUGAUCAUAUUAACUCGCUGAAGGAGAUGACACUGCUUCCGCUCUUAUACCCAGAGGUCUUCCAACGCUUCAACCUUGUUCCUCCCAGAGGUGUGCUGUUCCAUGGCCCACCAGGUACUGGUAAAACUCUAUUGGCACGUGCUUUGGCCGCAAGCUGUCGAGCGAAUGGCAGGGGCAUCUCAUUCUUCAUGCGCAAGGGUGCCGACGUGCUAUCGAAAUGGGUGGGCGAGGCAGAACGACAGUUGCGCUUGCUGUUUGAAGAAGCCCGCAACCAACAACCUUCAAUAAUAUUCUUUGACGAAAUUGACGGUCUUGCCCCUGUUCGCUCAUCGAAACAAGACCAAAUACAUGCAUCUAUGGUUUCUACGCUUCUCGCACUCAUGGACGGGAUGGACGGACGUGGCCAGGUUGUCGUCAUCGGUGCGACUAAUAGGCCUGAUGCCGUUGAUCCCGCCUUGCGUCGUCCCGGACGUUUUGACCGCGAGUUCUACUUCCCGCUGCCGAAUCUCGAAGCACGAGCAAGGAUUCUCACCAUCAACACGCGCAAGUGGGAAGGAUGGGACACGGACAAGGCAACGGAGACGAUUCAGAAGCUGGCUAAGAUCACGAAGGGGUAUGGAGGUGCAGACCUCCGAGCACUUUGCACGGAAGCUGCGCUGAAUGCUGUUCAGCGGCGUUAUCCUCAGAUCUACAAGUCGACGGACCGGCUACUCCUGAAGCCUGAGACGAUUGGAGUGCAGCCACGCGACUUUAUGAUUUCCGUAAAGAAACUCAUCCCGUCCUCCGCACGUGCGACUGGCUCGAGUGCUGCGCCCCUGCCUUCGCAGUUAGUCCCGCUUCUGGACGAUACGCUGCAGCGCGUAAAGACAGUGCUCGAGAAGGCGAUGCCGUUGGGCAAGAAGCGGACCGCAUUGGAGGAAGCAGAGUUCGAGGACGAGGACGAUGAUGGUGCUUUGGAGCGUGAGAUUCUCAUGCAGAAGAUGGAGACGCUGCGUGUAUAUCGACCACGAGUCGUACUUCAUGGAGAUCCAGGAAUGGGCCAGAGCUACGUCGGUGCGGCAGCGUUGCAUCACCUCGAGGGUUUCCACAUACAGAGCCUGGAUCUUGGCUCACUGAUGGGCGAUUCGACACGCACUGUCGAAGCAGGAAUAGUACAGCUCUUUGUCGAAGCGAAACGACAUCAACCCUCUGUCAUCUACAUCCCAUCAUUGAAAGGCUGGUGUGCAGCCGUCUCAGAAACAGCUCGGACUACUGUAAAGGCUAUGCUCGACACACUUUCCGCAAAUGAUCCCAUUCUUCUCCUUGCCGUUGUCGAUGGAUCUUUCCUGUCUCUACCCCGCGACGUCCGAGCAUGGUUCGGGAUGAAUAAAGAAAACCGGAUCGUCUUUACUUAUCCAGAUCCCGAGAAGCGACGGAAGUUCUUUGAUGAACUUCUCGAUGACAUUCGAAGACCACCGACACAGUUCCCAGACGGAGUGAAGCGAAAGAAACGCGUGCUUGAGGAGUUGCCUAUUGCGCCUCCACUGGAACCUCGGCAACCUACGGCCGCGGAGCUUGCAUUACAGGAGGAGAAUGACCAGCGGAUUUUGACACUAUUGAAAUUCCGACUUGGGCCUAUCCUGGCGGAACUGAAGAGGAAACAUAAGCGGUUUACCAAACCCGCACGGGACGAAUACAACCUGUAUCCUGACCAGACAUGGGACCCAUUCCUCGGACAAAUGGCAGCGCCUGCUCCGCCUCAGCCUCCUCAACCGAAUGGCAUCAUAACAAUCGAUGGCGUCGAUGGUCAUGUAGACGGUCAAGCGAACGGCACUCACGAGCAGCAGCAACAACAGCAGCCAGCCGAACCACAGCUCUAUGAGGUUGAUCUUGAGACAAUGAGUGUUGACUUGUACAAGGGCAAGUUCCUCACACCCUCUAUGUUCCUGGAGGAAGUCGGGAAGAUGGUAUACAACGCUGAAGUUCGAGCAUAUGAAGAUCGUGAUCGAUUGUACAAGGCACAAGCAAUGUACACUGCUACGGAAGUUAGCGUACAAGAGUUUGAUCCAGCUUUCCGCUUGGAGUGCGAACGCAUGGCGGGUCGUGAGAUGAAACGAAGAGGACAACGACGUGCGGAGAAGGAGAAGAUGAAGAGCCGAGCAGGAUCUCGUGAGGGAAGUGUGAAUGGACAUGGGAGUGGUGGGGAGAAUGGAGUGUUACGACGAAGCGCGCGGAAUAACGGUCAAAAGCCGGAAUUGGGAAUCACGGACCCGUUGUUACUCGAGCGUAGAUUAAAACGCCAUCGGUCACAGGACGUGAACGGCGACGUACAUGCAUCGGGAGAGGACAGCGGAGGAGAUAGGGACUCAAAGCGGUCGAAGCUGGAUGCAAUACCUGAAGAUUCCGAACGGGACGAGCUUGAUAUUGUGGGUCCCACUUCUUCACAACCAAGACCACAGUCCGUCGUUCGGUUUGCACCUGUAAGCGAUAGUAUGCCGCAAACUCCGUCAAAAGGCAAUCUUAUCAAUGGCAACUGCGUCCCUGAGCUCCCCACACUAGAUACGAUCGCAGAGAUCAGCUCGCAGCCCCGUUCUUCUGGAUUUGAUCCGAAUUUGUUGAAUCCUGCAAGCCCUACGCAGCCUUUGCCUUCGGUGCAGAGUUUGAUUGCGAACGACCCAUCUAACGGCCCCGGACAUGCCUCGUCUUCUAAUUUCAUGUCUGAACAGCCGACUUUUCCUUCAGCUGACAAUUCCGGCCCUCACGACUUCCACAUGGCUGAGCCAAUCACGGCAGACGAACAUCCCGUCAAUCCUGGGUUAUCCGACUCUCAAAACUUCUUCGCGCCAGAGCAGAAUGUUAACGCUGCUUCGCUCCAAAUCCCGACCCCACGUCUUUCGCCCUCUCCAGGGGCAGACCACCAGGCUACUCAAGCUAUUCCAGACCAACAAGAGACGAUGGUCAUGGAUGCCGAAACACCCGCACCCGUUCCAGUCGAACGCACACCAUCCCCGCCACCCCCGCCGUUCCACGUGUCUUCCCCUCUCCUCCUGGAUCUCGAAGCCAAGUUUGUUGAAAGAACAGACAAACUUAACGUCGAGCAACUCGAACAGCUCCGUGCAACAGCACUGAACAGCAUUUGGCGACAUAGGCAAGAAUGGGAUCGUGAUGCGUGCGUUAGGGAGCUAUUUGGUGUCAUUGAAGAGUUUGUGGAGGAAGCCACUGAUGCUGAAACCUUGAAUGAAGUCGUGGAUGAUUUUACAUAAUUGGGUAAUUUUCGUUUGGCAUGAGAUGAAAAUGAUAUGGAUGGCGUUGGACAUAAUGUAUGUGCCAACUUCGGAGGUUUCUGUUCCUACCCCGUUUUCGUCUUUUCUUUUUGUUUCUUUGACUCGUCGAUAUAUAUUUGUAGAGUAGUGGUGUGUAACCUCUCUUGUAAUCUCUAUCUAUUCCUAUCAAUGCAA